AUGGGCAAACGGUCGGCUUUCGAGGCCAAUACCAAGAGUGCGCACUCUGACCGCGACUCGAAGCGUCAGCGAUUUGACGACACCCACGAGCGCAACUCACCACGACCGAAUGGCGCCGCCGAGGAUAUCACGUCUGGGCGCGACUUGCAGAAUGCGCUGUACUUCGACCAGAGCUCCUCAGGCGGCUUCCGAAGUGGCCUAAGUACUUUCAAGCGAUUCCUCGAUUCGAUCCUCUACCCGACCGAUGAGCACGACGUGCCCCGCAAGCGAGCCAUUCUCCGUGAAUACCUGGACACACAGAAAGGAAGAGGCCAAGAUGAGAAGGAAAAGACGUUCCUGCAGAACCUGAUUCACGGGUGGGACCAUGCUGUCGAAACCAACUACAGCGCCGUUGUCUCCCAGGUAACAGCUGUGCUCGCGCUCCUGUUCAAGGUUUUUGCGACCCAUGGCGAUUUCCUCGAGUACGGCACUCUGCUGGCCAAGACUCUGCUGCAGCCAUCGGUCGCUCGUCGUUUCGUCCGAAGUACCUCAGCGGCACCCAAGGAGGAGAGCGUUAUCGCGCCGGCAUUGCGACUGCUCACAGAGCUUACUCGGUUCAAUGAAGGUGCGCAUGCGAGGGCCGUAUACGCCAAGAGAGACUUUACGCUCGAGCCGAAGAUACUUGGAAGGAACAUCAAUCUCGGAAGAGAGCAGUCGGCGGCAGACCAUGUCAAGAAACCCAGCAUUCGCACUACGGCCAUCAGGUAUCUUCUCAUGCAUUUGAGGUAUCAGGACGAGCGGGCAAAGAGCGAAAUACUCUCCAACACCAACGUCGUCCGUGCCGUCUUCGAUCACAUCCGCGCGGACCCGCCGUUCCUUAUCUACGAAAUCCUCGAUGUAUUCACAAGCCAUGUUUUUCAAGACAAGACUAUUGCAAGGCACACCAAGAGUAGAAUUUUGAACGGCAAGGCACUCUCGCGUAUAGCCAGUCUGUACAGCUAUGAGGUGGAAGAAGGCGCUCUUUCCGAAGGACAGAAAGCACCCGAUCAGCUCGCUCACGAUUUCCUUCGCUUAGUUUGCACCGACCCUGCUUAUGGUGUCAUGCUACCAACACAGGGCUUCUACCCGUCUACUUUUGAUGACGACGAAGGCGAGCUGGACGAUGCAGCUGACUAUGGCAACGAUCUGGGCCUGGAAUCAGUUGACAACUACAGCAAGACUGUUAAAGUGCGGAACAUCAUUCUUUCAGAGUUCAUCCAGAGCCAGAGGCCAUACGCAAAUACCUUUCACCAAGAGCUUGUCGUCGACAUCUUUCGAGCCUGUCCUGAGCUUGUAGCAGACUACUUUGUCAAACGACGCGACUUCAGUUACGAUCCAAAGCUUACUUCGACAUGGAUAGGAUACUCCGCGUUCUUGUAUCAAGCUAUCCAGCUCCCUGUGCCCAAAUACUUCGGCGCGAAAAGGAACUUCCGCGACCAUCCACCGCCGGUACCUGUCCUUAUGAACAGCAUCCUUCCACAGCCUCUGAAUCAGCAAGUGCUCACUAAAUGUCUCAACCACAACUCCGACCUCAUCCAGCUGUUCGCCAUCCGAGUUCUAAUCGUAGCGCUCCAGAAGUUACAGGCCGUCCUCCAGGAGCUCAACAAUGCCAGUGCCACCAGAUCCUCGAAACAGUGGGAGCAAGCAGCCAAGCGCUUAGUUUCAGAGGUCAGCAGACGUUGCCCGCCGAUCCGCACAGUCUUUUUGGCACUGAAGAAACCUGGUCUGAAAGACAUGAAGCGGGAAUCGAUCACCAGGCUGCUGCGGCUUUACUAUGAAGCCACACCCCAAGUUGCGCUACAAGAGAAAUUUGAUGUUUCGCUACCGUUGUGUAACGCAUUGGUAGAGGUCGAUAAGCCCACAGCUUCGCCCGAAGACAAGGUUUUCCGUAUCAUGGAGCUAGAACACUGGAUACAGAUGGCAAAACUUUCACCAGCUAUGCGUUGGUGGCAAAAGCAAAAAUCACUUCAAUACUCGCCAUUUGUAACACUUCUCAAGCUUCUGGUGACAUCGAAAGAGAGCGAACUGUAUACAGGCAUUAGGUCUCUCCUGAGCGACAUCUUGAAUGACCAGGAAAUGUUGCAGACCAAGACUUCGCCCGACGCGCUCGAUGCACUGAUUGCUAGUUUGGGAUCAACCUCUGGAUCAGUGACACCUUCUACCGACGUCCUCGAGUUCCUGGACGACUGCUGUGCGCGGUUCACCAAGGUGCCUAUCAAGUACUUUGAUGAUUUAGAUGUCAUGUGUGGUCGCACUGCGCAAUCUACAACUGGGCUUGGACCAUUCAGUAACUUGCUCAUGACACUAGUAGAACAAUGGCCCUUUAAAGGGGGGGAGACCGCCACAAAUAACACGGCGGAUACCAUUGCUCAGUGGCUGUCGAGACUGCUGUAUCUCCUCAAGCUAAUUGGCGAAGACGAGACAGCACUGGAACACGUACGCGACGCACUGGUAGAAUCAGCGAAUGUAGCAUACAAAGAGGUGCUGAAGGAUGCCUUCUUGUGGAAAAUGGGCAAAGAAAGAGCGAAGGAGGCCUUGAAGCUGGCAACCGGGGCAGACUUCAGCGGCUCAGAUAGAUCAUCGACAUCGCCGGUUCCAAGGCCUUCGGAAGAGGCUGAGCAGCAUGCCAAGCUCAGGUCUGCCGUCGAUCUUGAAAGGCCACCCGUCGAAGACAAGAAGCACACUGGACUCACACGUUGGAGGAAGAAAGAGCUGAGUGAAGCAAUUGAUGAUGGAGACAUUGGAGAACUACUUUUGUGCCUUUGCUCCGAGCACCCCGAGAUCCGCAUACAAGCCAUCAGCAACAUUCGACGUGUCAUUGCGACUAUUAUGACAAGCAGUCGUAACAAUGCUGAAGCAGACGACACAGCUACUGGACAGCAGGGACUCACUCCGGACUGGGAUCUUCAGCAACUCUACCUUCUCCUCUGCGAGGUCUUGGAGUCGGUGGAUCCGGCAGGUGCUGAAGCUUUUCCCUACGUUGGAGGUGUAUUAGCCGCUCGUUGUGCUGGCAUUGUAGCGGAUCCCACACACACGCUCUUCAGCACAGUGAACAACUUCCUUACGGCAUCCCCCGCCUGGGAUGUCCAUUCAUUACUGCGCUUCUUUUGGCAUCGCAUCGUUGCCAGUCAACCAGACGACGACACCACCUACCACAAGGAAGUGGACUGGUACUUCGACUAUCUUCUGGACAGUCUGCGGACACCUGCAGAUAUGGAACUGUUUAGGAGGAGCAACAUAUUUGAGCAGCUGUUGACUCAUUACGGCUCCCGAUCAUGUCCUGCGUCGGCAAAGGACAAGAUCGUGAAGCUACUGCUGCGAGCAACACAUGUGGAAGGCAGUACGACGCUCAUCACGAGGUGCGGGCUUAUCCCGUGGAUACAGAUGAUGCUUGAUGGCCAUGAUCCGCGACAUCGCGCUCUGAGGACACUGGCCGGGCGUGUCUACGACACGUGCGACCGGGAGAAGGUAGCUGCAUGGAGCAGUGACAGCCUAGGCGAAACGAUCGCUUCGCUAUGCAAGGUCUGA